CAGCAGGAAGUUUGGAUGCCGGUGACGGCUUGGGCACUAGGAUGUGGGUGAUAUUUUCACUUCUGGGGCUUCUGCAUUCUGUGGUGUCUUCGGAUGGGGACUCAAAGGCUGUUACAACAACACUCACAACCAAAUGGCCAUCAACACCACUUCUGCUGGAGGCAAGUGAAUUCCUUGCUGAAGAGAGCCAAGAUAAGUUCUGGGACUUUGUUGAGGCUAACCAAGAUAUUGAAAAAGAACAUGAUGAUACAGACCUGGCGUAUUACGAGUUCAUUCUGAAGAAAGCCGGUGCGCUGCUGAGCCCAGUGCAGCUCAAUCUGUUCAAAUUUGCCUUGUCCUUAAGGGCCUACUCUUCCACUGUACAGUCCUUCCAACAGAUUGCGUCCAAUGAACCGCCUCCCUCAGGCUGUGUGGCUUUUUUUAAUGUGCAUGGAGAGAAGUCAUGUAAUACAGAGAGUCUCAAAGCCAUGCUGGACACUGCAUCAGAAAGGCCAAAACCAUACCUGUUUAAGAGUGAUCAUAAGUUUCCCUCCUCCAACCCUGAUGCCCCUGUUGUUAUUCUGUAUGCUGAGUUGGGCACCAAAGACUUCUCCAGGUUCCACCAACAUAUGCUCUCCAAAGCAAACAAGGGUUUGAUCGUGUAUGUUCUACGUCAUUAUCUUGCGAACCCCAGUAAGAGUAAAGUUUUCCUGUCUGGCUAUGGUGUUGAGCUGGCAAUCAAAAACCAGGAAUACAAAGCUAAAGAUGACACGCAGGUUCAAGGAGCAGAUGUGAACGCUACUGUCAUCGGUGAGAACGAUCCUGUGGAUGAAGUCCAGGGCUUCCUGUUCGGAAAGCUCAAAACCCUUUAUCCCGAGCUGAAGGAGCAGCUGAAGGAACUCCGUAAACACCUGGUGGAGAGCACUAAUGAGAUGGCACCGCUGAAAGUUUGGCAGAUGCAAGAUCUAAGCUUCCAGACGGCUGCACGCAUUCUUGCAGCCCCCUCUGUGGAUGCCCUCAGCGUCAUGAGAGACUUGAGCCAAAACUUUCCCACCAAGGCCAGAUCUAUAACAAAAACCGUUGUUAACCCAGAAAUCCGGAAAGAAAUCGAGGAAAACCAGAGGUACUUUAAGGGGACACUUGGCCUUCAACCUGGGGACUCAGCUCUGUUCAUUAAUGGACUUCACAUUGACCUAGAUACACAGGAUGUCUUCAGUGUGUUUGACUUGUUGAGGAAUGAAGCCAGGGUUAUGGAUGGUCUACGCAAUCUUCACAUUGACACUCCAUUCAUCCACGAUAUCCUCAAACUCAACGUCCAGCCCUCAGAUUCAGACUACGCUGUGGACAUCCGUAGCCCUGCUAUCUAUUGGAUUAAUAAUCUGGAGACAGAUGGCAGAUAUGCCUCCUGGCCGUCCAAUGUCCAGGAGCUUCUCCGACCAACCUUUCCCGGGGUCAUUCGACAAAUCCGCAAAAACUUCCACAACCUGGUUCUCAUUGUGGACCCCACUCAAGUGAACACAGCUGAGCUGUUGACUGUGGCUGAGUUAUUCUACAGUAACAAUAUCCCACUGAGGAUCGGUCUCGUGUUUGUGGUGAACGACGAGGACGACGUGGAUGGGAUGCAGGACGCAGGGGUUGCCAUGUUACGAGCUUUCAACUACAUCGCCGAUGAGGUUGACAACCAGAUGGCCUUCGAUGCCAUCAUGUCUAUGUUGAACAAGGUUCCCACUGGAGGCAGGCUGAAGGUGGAGAAUGUGGUGGCUGUUUUAGAGAAGAGGUACUCUUACGUGAAAGUGAGCAGCAUACUGGGAGCCGACUCAGCCUACGACAGCAACCGAAAGGACGGGAAGGCGUACUAUGAGCAGACGGGGACAGGACCCUUGCCUGUGGUCUUGUAUAACGGCAUGCCUUACCAGCAAGACCAGCUGGAUCCUGAUGAGUUGGAAACCGUCACCAUGCAUAAAAUCUUGGAGACCACCAGCUUCUUCCAGCGUGCUGUUUAUCUGGGCGAGCUGGCCAGCGACCACGAUGUCGUGGACUUCAUCAUGAACCAGCCCAACGUGGUCCCGCGCAUAAACUCCCGAAUUCUCUCCGGCAGCAGAAACUAUCUGGAUCUGUCCAACACGAAUAAUCACUUCAUUGAUGAGUACGCCCGCUUUCUCUUUUUGGACACUAAGGACAAGAACGCUGCCGUAGCCAACAGUAUGAACUACAUGACCAAAAAAGGAAUGAGCUCCAGGGAUGUAUCUGACGAUGGCUUCAUCCGGCCGGUAACAUUCUGGGUGGUUGGAGACUUUGACCAACCGUCAGGCCGACAGCUGCUAUAUGACGCCAUUAGACACAUGAAAACCAGCAAUAAUGUCCGACUGGGCGUGAUUAACAACCCCAGCGAGAACCCAUCUGAAGAGACCAGUCGCACUGCUCGAGGCAUCUGGGCAGCGAUGCAGACCCAAACCGCUAACAACGCCAAAAACUUCAUCACCAAACUGGCCAAAGAAGAGACAGCCCAGGCCCUGCAGGCAGGCGCUGAUAUCGCUGAGUUUGCUGUUGGGGGCAUGGAUGUGGCUUUGUUUAAGAGUGCGUAUGACUCUUCUAAAAUGGACUUCCUGUUGGCACACGCUGUCUACUGCCGAGACGUUCUCAAAUUACAGAAGGGUCAGAGGGCAGUCAUCAGUAAUGGACGGAUAAUUGGUCCAUUGGACGACGGUGAAGUCUUCAACCAAGAUGACUUCCUGCUUCUGGAAAAUAUUAUCCUUAAGACGUCUGGGGAGCGAAUCAAGAGCAAAAUCCAACAUUUAGGUGUCGAGGAGGACAGGGCCAGCGACCUGGUUAUGAAGGUGGACUCUUUGCUUUCAUCCCAGCCUAAGGGCGAGGCCAGGAUCGAGUACACCUUUGCAGAAGACAGAUACAGCGCGGUGAAGAUCCGGCCCAGGGAGGAGGAGGUGUACUUUGAUGUGGUCGCCGUGGUAGACCCUGUCACCAGGGACGCUCAGAAACUCGCUCCUCUCCUACUGGUCCUGAAGCAGCUGGUUAAUGUCAACCUGCGUGUGUUCAUGAACUGUCAGUCCAGACUCUCCGACAUGCCCCUGAAAAGUUUUUACCGCUAUGUUCUGGAGCCAGAGGUGAUGUUCAUGGCAGAUAACAGCUUUGCUCCGGGUCCCAUGGCCAAAUUCCUGGACAUGCCUCAGUCCCCUCUCUUCACUCUCAACCUGAACACACCUGAGAGUUGGAUGGUGGAGUCUGUCCACACACGCUAUGAUCUGGACAACAUUUACCUGCAGGAGGUGGACAGUAUGGUGGCAGCAGAAUAUGAGCUGGAGUACCUGCUGUUAGAGGGUCACUGCUUUGAUGUGACCACUGGGCAACCUCCACGUGGGCUCCAGUUCACCCUGGGCACAGCCUCUGACCCUGUGAUAGUGGAUACCAUCGUCAUGGCCAACCUGGGAUAUUUCCAGCUCAAAGCCAACCCAGGAGCCUGGAUACUUAAACUGAGAAAAGGAAGAUCAGAUGAUAUCUACAGGAUCUACAGCCAUGACGGCACAGACUCCCCACCCGAGGCUGAUGACCUCAUCGUCGUCCUUAACAACUUCAAGAGCAAGAUCAUCAAAGUGAAGGUUCAGAAGAAGCCAGAUAAAAUGAACGAGGAGCUGCUGAGCGAUGGAAACGAUGACAGUGACUCGGGAUUUUGGCAGUCUCUCACGAGGGGAUUUACUGGGGGAUCAAAAACAGAGGAGAACAAACAAGAGAAAGAUGAUGUCAUCAACAUUUUCUCGGUAGCUUCAGGCCACCUGUACGAGAGGUUUCUAAGGAUAAUGAUGCUUUCUGUUCUGAAGCACACAAGGACACCAGUCAAGUUCUGGUUUUUGAAAAACUACUUGUCUCCGACAUUUAAGGAAUUCAUUCCAUAUAUGGCAGAAAAGUACGGUUUCCAGUAUGAGCUGGUCCAGUAUAAAUGGCCUCGCUGGCUGCACCAGCAGACCGAGAAACAGAGGAUCAUCUGGGGCUAUAAGAUCCUGUUCCUCGAUGUGCUCUUCCCCUUGGCUGUGGAUAAGAUCCUGUUUGUGGACGCUGAUCAGAUUGUACGCACAGAUCUGAAGGAACUGCGGGACUUUGACCUGGAGGGGGCGCCGUACGGCUACACGCCCUUCUGCGAGAGCCGCAGGGAGAUGGACGGGUACCGGUUCUGGAAGUCGGGCUACUGGGCCAGCCACUUAGCCGGACGCAAGUACCACAUCAGUGCUCUGUAUGUAGUGGAUCUGAAGAAGUUCAGGAAGAUUGCAGCAGGAGACAGACUGAGGGGACAGUACCAGGGUCUGAGUCAGGACCCCAACAGUCUGUCCAAUCUUGACCAGGAUCUGCCCAAUAACAUGAUCCACCAGGUGCCUAUAAAGUCUCUCCCCCAGGAAUGGCUGUGGUGUGAGACAUGGUGCGACGACACGUCGAAGAAAAAAGCCAAGACCAUUGAUCUUUGUAAUAACCCCCAGACCAAAGAGCCUAAGCUGCAAGCUGCCGUCAGGAUCGUGUCUGAGUGGACCGACUACGACCAGGAGGUCAAGAGACUUUACACGAGGUUUCAGGAGAGGAAGGAGAGAAGCACGACACAGGAAGUGAAGACAGACGGAGUGACUCACACAGAGCUGUGAGCGGUUGUAUGCCAGAGGAAGAGGAUCUGACUCUGUUUAAAGAGUUGGCUUUUCUCCGUUUUAUAGCCGAGCCUGUUGAAAGACUUGAAAGAAUAGAAUGGAAAUUCCUUGUUUUGUAUCUGAUUUGGUGAAGCAUAUGCGCGGUGGGGUUUUGGGAUAAGGAUGAAGGUUAUUGGGUAGUCGUGGGACAGUGUGUGUUCUGUACGUCAAAAGAGCGGAGCGAGGGUAUCGUGCCCACUCUUACUCGCCAUGUUAAAGCGUAUGGCAAACUGGCCCAAGAGCUCUGCUCAGACAGAGAGACGUGUAUGGAAUUAAAAAAAGGAAAGAGCAACACAGCUUGUACUUCAUAAAAUCCCCUGGGGCAGUGUUUUGCUACAGUUUACUAAACUAUGUUUAGCAGUGAGAAGUGCACUUUGAAGCACAGACACAUCAUUGAUUUUGAUUGUUUGGAGUCAUUAUGUAAUUAUCAUGAUCCGUAUAAAAAUGCACCUGCAUGUUGGUCUAAAAGAUUUUGUGUGUGUGUGAGUGAGUGCAUGAGUGAGUGAG